GUGGAGGUUCUAUGCCGCUAGGGCCUGGGCCGAGUCAGAGCAGUCCAGGAAUCGAAGAGUAACGCGCGAGGUCCGUCGUCCGAGGCCAGCAGCAGCAUGGCGACAGUCGACGCGGUCCUCCCGGUCACCGCCACCAAGCCCUCGAGCAGCGCCGGCCGCGCCCCGUACCAGGUCAAGUUUACGUGCCUCGGCCACAAGAAGGCCAUCUCGAGCCUCGAGUUUAGCAACUUUGGCAACCUCCUCGCCUCGGCCUCGCCCGACAAGACGGUCAAGAUCUGGAAUGCAAGCACGGGCGCGCUCGAGCAGACGUUGGCGGGCCACGAGCAGGGCAUCUCGGACAUCUCGUGGUCGGCAAACGCACGCUUCAUCGCGUCGGCGUCCGACGACUGCACGGUCAAGAUCUGGGACACGGAGUCGAGCGAGACCGUCUCGACGCUGCGCGGCCACGCCAACUAUGUGUUUUCCGUCAAUUUCAAUCCCCAAGGCACGCUGCUUGCGAGCGCCUCCUUUGACGAGUCCGCGCGUCUCUGGGACGUGCGCACGGGCCGCACCGUGCGCAUCUUGCCCGCGCACUCGGACCCGGUGACCGCCUCGUCGUUCAACCGCGACGGCACGCUGCUCGUCACGAGCAGCUACGACGGCUUGUGCCGUAUCUGGGACGUGGCGUCCGGGCAGUGUCUCAACACCCUCACGCUCUCGAACGAACUCAACGACGCGAUCAUUCCCGUGUCGUUUGCCAAGUUUUCGCCCAACGGCCGGUUUGUACUCGUGAGCACCCUCGAUGGCCGCCUUCGGCUCUGGGACUUUGCCCGGAACCGCGUCAUCAAGACGUACAGCGGCCACGUCAACAGCUCGUUCUGCGUCUUCUCGACGUUUUCGCUGCACGGUGGCCCGCCCACGAUCAUCUCGGGCUCGGAAGACAACACGAUUGUGCUCUACGACGUCCAGACCCAAGAAAAAGUCCAAGUGCUCUCGGGGCACACGGACGCGGUGCUGGCGGUCGCUGCGCACCCGAUGAAGGCGAUGCUAGCGUCGGGCGCACUCGACAAGGACAAAACGAUCAAGGUCUGGGAGCAAGUGAACCCGUCCUGCAGCAGCUAAGAGGCUGCUCUCUUUAUUUUAUGUGGUCGUCGAUCGAGACCACCGUAUGCGUUAACCCACCCUCCGUAAUACUAA